AGUCCAGUCCACACACGUAAACACGUAAAGUGACUCGGCGGCGGCGGUCUGGUGGCAGAGGUUUGGGGGGUGGUGGAAACUUCGUAGUUACUUUCGUAUGGAUGGAUGGGUGGGGGAAUGCAAUACCUUUUUAUUUUACUUUGCUACAUCGGAGAAGGGUAGGUGAGCUAUGGCUAUGGAUGGCUAUGGAUUUCCGGUCGGUUCGUCUGUAGUACUGGUGGUGCUAGUGUUUUCAUUUCAUUUCAUUUUAUUUUUUUUGCUUUUUUGUGUACCAUUCGCUCGCCUUUUUUUUCUUCCUUCAUUUCCUUGCUUUCUAUUGUGGGAUAAUUCUUCGUUUUAUUUUCUCUUCUUUUUUACCUUCUUCAUCAUCAUGUUCUUCUUCUUCUUCUUCAUUGACUGUUGCAUCGAUUGUUGCAUACUACGUUGCAUUCUACGUUGCGUGCUACCAUAUCAUAUCAUACCUAUCAUACCUCACACUUCACUCUGUUUUGCUAUGAUACUUAUCAUAUCGAGGUUUUGAUAUGCUGUUCUACCUAUACUGUUCCACCUACCUAUGGCCCUGUGUGGGCAGAUUUGUUGGUGGAUUAUGUUGCGACUGAGAAUGGGAAUAAACCUAUUCACUGAACC